GCCGCCGGAAAGUGUCGAGCGGCUUCGGCAGGUGGGGCGGGGCCGGGGCCGGGGCGGGGCCCGAGACUGGGAGGGGCCAGUCACCGGCACCCAGAGCUCGACAGGAUCCCGAGGCCCGAGGCCCGCGCCCCACGCCCCGGCCGCCGCCAUGGGGGCCUGCCUGGGGGCCUGCUCCCUGAUAAGCUGCGUGUCCUGCCUUUGUGGCUCUGCACCCUGCAUCCUGUGCAGCUGCUGCCCCUCCAGCCGCAACUCAACCGUGAGCCGCCUCCUCUUCACCGCCUUCCUCUUCCUGGGGGUGCUGGUGUGCAUCAUCAUGCUGAGCCCCAGCGUGGAGAGUCAGCUGCACAAGCUGCCCUGGGUAUGCGAGGACGGGACCGAGGUCCCUGUCGUCCUUCAGGGACACAUUGAUUGUGGCUCCCUGCUAGGCCACCGCGCCGUCUACCGCAUGUGCUUCGCCACGGCAGCCUUCUUCUUCCUUUUCACCCUCCUCAUGAUCUGCGUGCGCAGCAGCCGGGACCCCCGGGCGGCCAUCCAGAAUGGGUUUUGGUUCUUUAAGCUCCUGAUCCUCGUGGGUAUCACCGUGGGCGCCUUCUACAUCCCCGAUGGCUCCUUCUCGAACAUCUGGUUCUACUUUGGCGUCGUGGGCUCCUUCCUCUUCAUCCUCAUCCAGCUGCUGCUGUUCAUUGACUUUGCACAUUCCUGGAACCAGCGGUGGCUGAGCAAGGCGGAGGAGUGUGACUCCCGGGCCUGGUACGCAGGCCUCUUCUUCUUCACCUUCCUCUUCUAUGCAUUGUCUGUGGCGGCCGUGGCGCUGUUCUUCAUCUACUACACCCAGCCCGGCGGCUGCUACGAGGGCAAGGCCUUCAUAGGCCUCAACCUGGCCCUCUGUGUGUCUGUGUCCAUUGUUGCUGUCCUGCCCAAGGUCCAGGAUGCCCAGCCCAACUCAGGACUACUGCAGGCCUCGGUGGUCACACUGUAUACCAUGUUUGUCACCUGGUCAGCCCUAUCCAAUGUCCCCGACCAGAAGUGCAACCCGCACCUACUGACCAGCUUUGGCAAUGACUCGGUGCUGGCAGGCCCUGAGGGCUAUGAGACGCAGUGGUGGGAUGCUCCGAGCAUCGUGGGCCUGGUCAUCUUCAUCCUGUGCACCCUCUUCAUCAGUGUGCGCUCCUCGGACCACAGGCAGGUGAACACCCUGAUGCAGACGGAGGAGAGCCCAGCCAUGCUGGAGGCCACGCAGCAGGAGCAGCAGCAGGUGGCGGCCUGCGAGCACCGAGCCUAUGACAACGAGCAGGAUGGCGUCACCUACAGCUAUUCCUUCUUCCACUUCUGCCUGGUGCUGGCCUCCCUGCACAUCAUGAUGACACUCACCAACUGGUACAGACCCGGUGAGGCCUGGAAGAUGGUCAGCACGUGGACCGCUGUGUGGGUGAAGAUCUGUGCCAGCUGGGCAGGGCUGUUGCUCUACCUGUGGACACUGGUGGCUCCCAUGCUUCUGCCCAACCGGGACUUCAGCUGAGGCGGCCCCAUGCAGACUGCCACAGAGCCUCGGGGCUCGGGCACAGCCAUUCCCCCGGCCCCCAAUGGCCAUCGGCCAGGCUGAGCCCCGCCCCAUCCCACCUCCAGGACUCUCCUCUGACCUGACACCAUCACUCCCAUUCUAGUGCCUUCUGGGUCAGAGAGGCUCACUUCCGAGCCCCGCCUCCUGCCACCCUGCCCACCCUGCCCCCUUCUGACUACUUCCGUGGUCCAGCCCCGAGAUGCUCACUCCUGCAUCCCCAGG